AUGGCAAACAUGCUAGUAGAUGGAGCUGCUCAUAACCAAAUGCUAUCUUUUAUGGAUGGCAAUGCAGGAUAUAAUCAGAUUAUGAUAGCAAAAGAAGACAUCCAUAAAACGGCCUUCAUGUGCCCAGGACAUAUAUGUGCUUUUGAAUACACUGAAAUGCCUUUUGGCUUAACAAAUGCAAGAGCCACUUAUCAAAGAGCAAUGAAUUUUGUUUUCCAUGAUAUGACAGGGCAUUCUCUAGAAGUAUAUAUAGAUGACGUGGUGAUUAAAUCCCCAGAAGAUGGAGAUCAUGUAUCAAACCUGAGAAAGGCAUUCCUGAGAAUAAGACAACAUAAAUUGAAAAUGAACCCCAAGAAAUGUGUUUUUGGAGUUCAGGCAAGAAAUUUCUUAGGUUUCUUGGUCCACCAAAGGGGCAUAGAGAUUGAAAAAAAUAAAGCAAAAUUCAUCAUAGAAGCUCUACCACCCCGGAACAAGAAAGAACUGCAGAGUCUCUUAAGAAAAAUUAAUUUUCUAAGGAUAUUCCUAUCCAAUUCUGUAGGAAAAAUCCAGCCCUUCUCCUCCUUGCUAAGGUUAAAACAGGAACAUACCUUUAAAUGGCAGGAACAGCAUCAACAGGCUUUUGAGGAAAUCAAACAUUACCUCAGACAACUCAAACUCUAA